AUGCGAGCGUUUGCAGAGUGGCUCGGGAACGGUGCUGCUGAUGCGGCAGCGUCGGUGGUAUUCCACUCGGAAGAGCGUCGGCUGCUCUUUAACUGCAGCGAAGGCACCCAGCGACUCUGCAUUGAGUAUAAAGUGCGAUUGGGAAAACUGUCCCAUGUUUUUCUCAGUAGACUGGAUGCCGACACCUGCGCCGGAUUCCUGGGUCUGAUGCUUUCCCUGGCGGAUGCCGGGCAUGCAGGGUUGACGAUGUUCGCACCGCGGGGACUAGAGAAAACCCUCUCCACGGCGAAGCGCUUUGCCAGUAGACCCCAGUAUCCGCUGCAUGUUCACGAACUGGGCGAGGACGAGCCUUCAGAUCCGCUCGUUCAGAAUCCCUUGUUUGCCGUGUAUGCGUUGCCUUGGCUUGUCGAUGAACAGCUGCAGCGCUCACUGGCCACCCAAAAGGAUCAAGUGAAACGACACUGCGGGGAACGACGAGAUGAGGAGGUUCCGGAAGCCCUAUCCUCGUCGUCGAAGAACGAAGUCGCUGAGCGAAUUUUCGUAACAUAUGCAGUACGCGUCGCUGACCAGAAGGGUCGUUUUGUGACCGAGCGUGCAGCAGCCUUGGGGAUUCCUCGGGGGCCGCUCUACGGUCGACUUCAGAGAGGCGAGUCCAUUGAAGUGGAGCAACCUGAUGGAACCCGCCGAACAGUGCAUCCAACUGACGUUAUGGAACCUUCGAGUCCGGGACCACUCCUCGUGAUGCUCUGUGCCUCCUCCCCGGACCUGGUAUCACAGAUGCAGGCACCCAGCGGUCGUCAACGUCUCAAGCAAUGGUUUCAGCGGCUUGCUGCAUCGACGCCAACGCACAGACAAAAACGACCAGUAUGCGUCUUUCAUUUCCUCUGUGCGGAAGUGUUCAGCGAUCCUCAAUAUCAGGAGUGGGCUCUGGACGUGUUCGGUGCGGACGCGUACCACUCAGUGGCCUGUGAAUCGUUCAGUAACCAGCGUAUCACCUUCCGGGGCCAAGCGGCAAUGCUCGAACGACUCAAAUUCGUAGACUGGAACUGGUUUCUCGAGCCGUGGACGGCCCCAGCGGAUCCACGAGCCCGUACUACGUCGGCACUGCCUGCGACAUGGCAGCUUGCGCAGCCGCUCCUGCGUUUCAACGCUGCCCCGCGAACAACACUUGGUUGGGCGUUACCCGAAUCGCACGCUGCUGCAAACCAUGGAUGGUCGAGGUUGAACGUUCCCCGAGAGCCGGAUACCCUCAAGCGAACGUCAAGCAACAACGAUUCCAAGACGUAUUCCGUGUUGUUUCUGGGAACCGGCAGCGCACUUCCCAGUCGAUAUCGUAAUGUGAGCGCGAUUCUCGUGGAUCUCGUGGAUCAUGCACUCUUCCUUGACGCCGGUGAAGGCACUUUUGGUCAACUGGUUCGAGCUGUCGGGCUUGAUACUGCCAAGGCGAUGCUGUUGCACCGCGUGCGUUGCAUAUGGAUAUCUCAUAUGCAUGCCGAUCAUCAUCUGGGCGUUGGUUCGUUGGUCGCGUUACGGACGCGACUAGCGAGGGAACUUCCGCAAUCUGAGCGACUCGGAACAGCGAUGAUGCCGCUGAUGGUGCUCGGACCACGACUGCUGGGACGUUGGCUGGAGGCAUUGGCGGAGCUCGAGCCCAUGUCGUACAUUUUUCUGGAUAAUGCUGCGUUGCUGCAAUCGGAUACGUCUCCAUUGAGUGAGUAUUUCCCACAGACGCUGGGUAUCCAUCUGAGGACGCUGCCGGUGGAUCACUGCCCUGAGGCGUACGGUCUGGUCUUGGAGAGCGCGCUUGCAGCCGGUUGGGAUCAGAACGGCUCUAAGGAGCAGCAAGCGCUUCCUGUGCCAACAAGCGCACCAAGUACGGCGCGGAGUAGCGAUAACGCUGCAGCUGCUGCUUCGUGGAAGCUCGUCUAUUCCGGGGAUACGCUGCCGUAUGAUGCGGGUCUCAUUGCAGCUGCACGAGGAGCGACACUAGUGAUUCACGAAGCAACCUUCGAGGACGGCAAGGAAGCGGAAGCAUUGUUGCGCAAGCACUCUACCAUUGGCCAAGCUCUGGGUACCAUUGAGAGCAUGCAGCCACAGCGAGCAGUAUUGACCCACUUUUCGCAGCGCUAUCCAAAGCUGCCGCUGAUAUCGAGUGCAGAGACUCAGCAGCGGUUGAAGGCGAAUUCUUGUCUCCUGGCCUGGGACCUGAUGCGUCUGCCUUGGUUUUCGAAGGACGGCGAACAGGCGGGAAGCAGGACCCUGACGACGACACCGCCGGCAGUCGCGAACAGCGACGUUGUGUCCCUGUUCCUGCAGAGGCUGCUGACGGAGUUUGCAUCCGAGUUCGAGGAGCCGCUGGAGAUUGCUGAUUCCGAAUUAGACGCUGAGUUGGCGAGUUCAGAGGGCUGA